AUGAAGGCCGCCGUUAUCUUCUCCCUCGUCAGCUUGGCUCUCGGCUCCGUCGUCGAGAAGCGCGCCUGCGCCGGCAACAACUGCAACCGUCAAGUCACUGGUACCCGUGACGGCCUCCUCCCCAUCACCUCCCGCCAGGCCGACUGCUCUUCCUUCAUGCAGGCCACCGUCACCCCCUCCCCUACCACCGUCACCGUUACCGUCACUGCCGCUCCCGCCCGUCUCCGCCGCAACGGCGAGAUCGCCAACCGCCAGGUCACCGCCCUCCCCACCCUUAUCCCCGCCUACGCCUCCUCAUGCGGUGACUCUGCUGCCUACUCCUCCGCCUGCUCUUGCUGGGGCAUCACCGCUGUCACCACCACUGCGCCCAAGCCCACCGUCACUGUCACCACCACUGUCGACUACUGCGAGGGUGAACUUGUAAACGUCUCGUUCGACGCGGAGAUGGAAAGGUUGAGGGGAUGA